AUGCCAAUUCCAACUUCUGCCAAUUUCCUUGAAGCUUCCGAAAGCAUCAUUGAUUUCCAGAAUUUUGAUGGAACAGGUCUUAAACGCCCCUCUGACUUGCCCGCCCCUACCUACGAGUCUAGAAAAAAGUUGCUAGAACUUUUGUCUGAAAGUCAUCGAGUUUACAAUCUCUUGUACUCUCAAGAGUUGCGCUAUCAUAACCAUACACCCCAUGUUUUAAUUUCCAUGUAUUAUUUGGGUUGCAGUGCUCAGCAACUUGAAAAAUACUUUCAAAAUAUCGUCAAAUCUCUUUUGCUUUGGAAAGAUAUUGACAGUUUGCCUGUGAGAGAUGAAACAUGGAGUGAAUAUAUUGCUGAUAAACAGCAUGUUCGAGGCUAUUUUGACUUUUAUUCCGAAAAAUCCGUAAACACUAAGAAGAAAAAUUGGAAAUUAUUGGUAAACAAGUAUUUGACAAAAUCGUUUUCUGACAAACAAACUGGAAAGUUAAAGAGGCUUUUAGAUGGAUUUUUUGGAGGACUAAUGCAUACAGUGAUUCAUUUAGGAUAUGCUAUGGAGCUUGACGACGAAAAUUUAGGAAUUGAAGCAAUAACCUUGGCAACCACAGAAUAUAAUGAUUAUGGUUUAGAUAAACUUAUGGGAGAAAAUGCAGUUCUUACCAGGUCAUCUUUAAAGAAAGAGUCUGAUGGGCCAGGAGAUAGUGUAUUGCAUAUUCUUGAACUUAUUCAAGGAGAUCAUAGAUUUGAUACUGGCCCUGUUAUCAUUCAUCCCGAUCAGUUUUUUGCUGGGUUAAUUUCAAAACAAGAUCUUAUUGCUGAGUAUGCAAAUAAACUUGUGAUAACUCAAGAAAAUCUAAAUCAGGUAUUGCAUGAGCUACUCCACGCAGCUGUUCUUCUCACGUUUACGACCUAUAGGGAUGAGGAUGCUGAAAAGGGACAGCCUUGUUAUAGUUUUUUUCUUUUGCAUCUACUUACUUCUCUUCAUGCCAUCAUUGAGAUUUGGAAUAUAUCUUUCGGUAAUCAACAAGCGAAGGAAGCGAGCCAAGCAGUUAUUGUUGAGGACGAGUUUGUGGGGGUUGUUCUAGACUAUUGGAUUACAUUUAUUGGGGUAUAUGUGUUUCAAUUACGGCCUACAUUUAAAGAGUCCCGUGUGGAUGUGACUAUUGAGGCUUUUGGCCGCAAUAGGCAGCAUAUGCCGGCUCAAAAUAAAGUCUGGGGUGAAAUUCACCAGAUAUUAUUUGGCGACGGAACCAAAAAGGUUGACUACGACUGCCACAUUCUCAAGUGCAUCCGAUGUCUUUUAUUUGUCCAGGAGUAUUUGAAAGAUGAGUACGGAGACCCCAGUAUUUAUUCAAAGAUGGCAUUUAUGAUGGCUGCAACAAUGCCUGGUAAAAGGUUUGUUGGGUUCCCUGGUGAAGACGGUUUGAUGUUGGAUAUUGUCGGUGGUGGGGAGAAAUAA